ACAAAGUACAGCCAAUAGAUAAUAGCAACACUAAAUUGUUUCUAUAUAAACCAUAGCUAGCUAUUCUUGCAUUUUGCAUCAAACCACUACCUCACAUUUCUCUUCUUCUCUUUGCAUUCUACACUUCGCGAGCUGAGGAAAAGGUAGGGUUAGGGUUUCACAUAGAGAGAUGGACGACGAAAAAAGUUCAAGCUCAUUUUCAAUGGGGAAGAGUGCACAAGAGAAAGGCUUGCCACAUGUGCCUGAGUGUUAUGUGAUUCCAACUUCCCAGCGUGCAAGUUUGACUCCAUAUGUUGUUACUGUUCCCACCAUUGUCGGAAGACUGAAACAAGGCCCUGAUGAACGAGCACUUGUCAUAGGAGAAGUUAGAACUGCUUGCCGUCAGUUGGGAUUCUUCCAUAUUGUGAACCAUGGUAUCCGUCAAACGGUGUUGGAUGAGGCUCUUUCGUCGGCGACGGAGUUUUUCAAGUUGCCGGUUUCAGAGAAGGCAAAGUUCAUGUCUAAUGAUGUUCACAGCCCAGUAAGGUACGGGACAAGCUUGAAGGAUGGGCUUGAUAAAAUUCAGUUUUGGAGGGUUUUUCUAAAACAUUAUGCCCACCCAUUGGCAGAUUGGAUCAAGUACUGGCCUAACAAUCCUUCUAAUUAUAGGGAAACAAUGGGCAAGUAUUGCUCAGAAGUGAAGAAACUGAGCAUGGAGAUAACAGAAGCAAUCACUGAGAGCCUAGGGAUAGGUCCAACCUACAUAAGCAAGAAAAUGGAAGAUGGAAUGCAGGUUAUUACUGUGAACUGCUACCCACCCUACCCUAAUCCUGAAAUUGCACAAGGGUUGCCACCCCAUUAAGACUACAGCUGCUUAACCAUUCUUCUUCAGAGCGGCCCGGGACUCGAACUCAUGCACACCGGAGACAACAAAUGGAAGCAAGUCCCACAGCUUCAUGGUGCUCUCCAGGUUCAUGUGGGUGACCAUUUUGAAGUACUAAGCAAUGGAUUGUACAAGAGUGUUGUGCACCGAGCCACGUUGAACCGUGACAGGACAAGAAUCUGCAUUGCUAGCCUGCAUAGUUUGGGAUUGGAGGAGAAGAUGGGCACUGCCAAAGAGCUUGUGAGUGAAGAGAAUCCUGGGAGGUACAAAGAAAGCAGCUUCAACGAUUUUCUGAAUUUUCUCGACAACAAUGGUCUAGCAGAAGGGAAGAGCUUCAUUAACACACUAAAAGUUGAUGAAAAUAAAUAAAUAAAUAAAUAACAUUAUGUUAAUCUAGCUAGUGCUCCUUUUUGGUCUGUUAACUAGUUUAAUUUCUUCUCUAUUUUUGGACAAGAGUACGUCAGUCAUUUUGGAACAAAUUAUAAGGGUCUCUUAUUAUUUCGGAGAAGGGAACUGAGUAGCAGAUUCGACGGUUAAGUUAGCUUGUUAUGAUGGCUGGCUAGUAUAGCACCACUCCGAGCACAGUUUGUUGCCUCUAUUAUAUUUGUUAUUUCUUUUCUUUGCAUGUGUAGCCCCACAAGGCAUGUGUUUGGGUAUUUCGGAGGUGUCUGAUUUUGUACUACUACUUUCCUUGAUGAAAUAAACAUUAUCGAUGUAACUUUUGCAGCAGA